AUGGGCCCGUCCAGGCCAGGCGGUGCAUGCGCCUCGGGGCCCGCGGGCAGCGGGGGUGGGGAGCCCGGGCUCUCGGCUCCCCGGCAGACGGCCUUCGGGUCGGGCGUCUCCGUUGGUGACUGCCGCUUCAGUUCUCCCGGUGUGGUCGCGAGUCCGCACAACGUUCUGAAAUUUUUUGGUUAUUGUAACGAUUUUGAUCGGGAGGUGAGAAAAUGCCUGAGAAAUGAGGAUCUCUCUCUGUCGCCUAAGCUGGAGUGCAGUAGGGUGAUUGUAACUCACGGAAGCCUCCAACUCAAGUAAUCCUCCCACCUCAACCUCCUGAGUAGCUAGGACUACAGUACGUAGAAAACAGGACCAAGAGCAGGGAGGAUGGCAUUGCAAUGCGAAAGAAACUUUUUAAUCCUCCAGAGGAAUCUGAAAAAUAAAUUGCAUUUUCACUGGAUGCCUUGGCUGAGAGAAGACCCAAAGACUCUGGGUUGAUACCUGAAAGAAUCCUGUCUUAUUUGGUCUCCAUAAUCCUUUGAAUGGAAGGUGACCUGUGAGAGAUUGAACCGUGGAGAAAUAUGAAAACCCUGGAUUCCGAGUGCUUGUUGGGCAGUGCGUUUAGUACCGUCUCCCCUUUACCAGCAAACCUGACUUCACCAUGUUUCUUCUGUUUGCCUACAACCAGUUAAUAUCUGAGUAACUUAUCUCCUUCAAUAAAAUAAUUUAUUUAAAUAA